CUUUAGCUUUCGCACCGCCAUCUCGGCUCGCGGAACAGGCCUCGCUCCUGCACGCCGCUUUCCACGCCGCAUAAAACCUCACUCAUCGCCAUGGCUCCACCGUGCUACGCUGACUUGGGCAAGCAGGCGCGUGACCUGUUCAACAAGAACUACCACUUUGGCGUCGUGAAGCUCGAUUGCAGGUCCACCACCCAGACUGGCGUCGAGUUCAACGUGAGCGGUACGAGCCUCAAUGACACCGGCAAGGUGAACGCCUCGCUCGAGACCAAGUACAAGGUUCCCGAGUACGGCCUCACGCUCAAGGAGAAAUGGAACACCGACAACACGCUCUCGACCGAGAUCUGCACCGAGGAGAAGCUCGCUCGCGGCGUAAAGGUGGCCUUCCACGCCAACUUUGCGCCCCAGACGGGCAAGAAGUCGGGUGCCCUGCGAACGGCCUACAAGCUCGACAACGUCCACCUCAACGGUGACGUCGACCUCGGACCCCCGGGUCCCAUCGUCCACGGCGCCGCCGUGCUUCACUACCAGGGCUGGCUCGCCGGCGGCCAGGUCUCAUUCGACACGACCAAGAACCGAUUGAGCAAGACCAACUUCGCCGUCGGAUUCCAGGCGGGCGACUUCGUGCUCCACACGAGCGUCAACGACGGCCAGGAGUUUACCGGCUCCGUGUUCCAGCGCGUCAACCCGCAGCUGCAGACCGGCGUCCAGCUGGCGUGGACCGCCGGCACGAACGCGACCCGCUUCGGCCUGGGCUGCGUCUACGACCUGGACCAGGAGACCUCGGUGCGCGCCAAGGUGAACAACUCGGGCCAGAUCGGGCUCGGCUUCACGCACCGCCUGCGACCGGGCAUCAGCUUGACCCUGUCGACCAUGCUGGACGGCAAGAACUUCAACCAGGGCGGACACAAGCUCGGACUCGGACUGGACCUCUCUGCGUGAUCUACGCCGCAGUUCCUCGACCUCUCGCGCCACGCCGGUGCAACACUUUCUGCUGCUUAGGCCCAACAAACGCACCACGUUGCAUGUCUCGACCGACCCCUCCACAUUUCUUCUUUAGUCUGGGGAGAAAGAAAAAGUUAUCGAGUAACCAUUGGGACUACGAAACCAGUUAUUUGCAUUUUGAGGACAGUUUUUUUUUUUUUUCCUUCAGUGUUUCAGUGCAUCUCGUCACGAGGCGAGUGCGUAUGGGUGUGUACAGUCUUGUAUCAUCGGGACUUGUAAACGUGUAAUGCCCUGUACCGUUUUUUUUUUUUUUUUCUUCAGGUGUCCUUGCGAGUGAGUAUAGUGAAGUCUAGUUGAGUGACUGAAGAAGCUUUAGGUGUCCACUUUGUGCUUUCUUUCAUUACAUUUAUUUUGUUGCAUCUCCUAGGAGAAGCACCGAAAGAAAAAAACAAAAGCAAAUAAAAACCGUUGGCUAAGCUCGGCAACAA